UCUUUUUUUCGAUAUUAAGUUUUUUGACCCCAAUUGACUACGAUAAUAGUUGCCCUGGCAAUGAAAAUCAGAAAAAUGUUUUUUUUUAUCUACUAUAUGGUAAUCCUUUUAGUUAUUCAACGCACCAAUUGUACUCUAUGCGUCACAAAGGUAAUCGUACGUGUUCCUAAAGAAAAGGACAUUGGACUUAUAUUUGAUCUAACAGUAACCAACAAAGGUGAAAAAAAAGACAUCCAAGAGUUUGUUGUGACCUCAGAUGGCACUUGUACGUUGAACACAACCAAUGGGGAUCAGGUUAGAAAUGUUGGACGAAUUUUUGGUGGGGAUUUUGGUGCCAUUCAGCCGGGCAAAACUGAAACCAUUUCUCUAGUAUGGCCGACUGUGUCACUUUACAAUCGUGUGGGCACAUGCCCCAUCAUUAUAAGCACUACAAACUCACAGAACGAAUUGUCUCAUACAUUGCAAUUGCUCCAUUUUGAUACGCGUUUUGAAACAUUGGAUCCCGAAAAACAUUCACUGCGUAAGCAUCGGGAUUUUACGGAUUGCAAUAACUGGGACAAGGACUAUUUUCAUAAUUGCACGCCUCUAAAUUGUGAGGAACGGUAUUUUGGCCAACGUAGUUUCUACAACUUUAAGACGGAGCAGUGUGAGCAAGUGACUCCUUGUUCAAGCCAGGAUGAGUAUUACGACAUGUAUGCAAAUGAGUGUGUGGAUAAGAAUAAUUUCAUAACUGAAGAAGAGCUGGAGCAGAUUAGAGAUGGCAAAUUUGAUAACAACUAUUUGGAAUUGCGCGGUGGUAGCUCGAAUGGAAAUAAGGAAACACCAACAGCUUCGACAAAGAAAGGAUGUUCAUCGAAGCCAAAACAAUGUAGCUCUGGCAGACUUUCUUUGCAGGAUUUUAACAAUUGCUUACAGCAUUUAGAAAUGGGUAAAACGGAAGAGGAAAUCAAUCAGGGGAAAGCAAUUAGGGAGUCACAGCCAAAUAUGUCGGGAAAAAAAUCUACACUGGGAUUGAGCUUGACCAGUUUUUACUAUGACUGGUAUUUGCCUUGGAGGUCGGAGAAUAUCGAGGAGGAGGAGCAAGAUCGAGAAGGAACAAUAUUGGCUGGCAGUCAUGAAGUUUCUUCGGGAGCACGAAAAUUAGAUAUCUUGGGUUGGAUAGGGCUAAUAAGCAAAGGGCUAUUUAUUAUCCUAUUGUUAAUUAUUUUUCAGAUGGCGCUCACUUGUGUAACCUACAUCUUUAUAUGUAUUACCAUUUACGGUUUCCUGGAAUUGGUGUCCAAGCUAAAAAAACCAGAGACAUUCGAUGGCUUAAGCAGAAAGUUAACUCCUCGAGAUACAGAAAGCCAACAUAGCAUUGUGACCAGCACUAGUUGCAUGUCCCAGCGUUAAUCAUUGUACAAUUUCCAUUCGAAGAAAACAAUAUUGUAUAUUUGCCCGCGGUAUUCAGCUUUUGGAUUUGAAAUUUUAUUAGUUGCUUCGUAUCUUGAUUUUUUUAUAAAUUGAAGUUGGUAACACUGCCACCACA